GUUCUCACCGAUUUCAUCGUCUGUUAUUAAGCAAAUUCGUAUCUAUGAAUGGACUUUGAGCAAAAACACAUGUUUAUUAAUAAUAUUUCACAUAUUUUAUAGGACUUUUUUAUAAUGACUUAAUCAAAAAGUAUUAAAACGGUGCGCCAUUUAGCAGUACAAAAAUAACUUCAACUCCCGAAGUCCUCGUCGGUUCACUUCAGGACGACAGAGCGAGCCGCCGUAGAAUCUCAUACAAACUAUCGCUCCUCCUCAAUCAACCGAAUGUUGACGUUUACAACAGGGACUGCAGCCCGCUCCUCUACAGCUUGCUGACAACACGGGCUGGACUUUCCAGCCGAGACUUGAGGUAGAAACGUCUAGUGCAAUUCCAGCAAGAUAAGGUUGAAUGUAUCAAAUUUCGGAAAUGGUCGACAGAAACGAUAGAGUCCCCAUGAUGACAGGCAGGACAAGGAGAUCAACCAUCGGCCCCACGCCAGCGGGGGGCAAUUCGAAACAAGCCAAUGGCAGCAAGCAGAGCAGCGCAGGGGAAAAAACGCCAAGCCAUCCGAGCCACAGCAACGGGAAGGUGAAGAAGGAAAAACAGGUGCACGAGCCGGUCAGGACACCACAGGAGAGGAGUAAAAUCUGCGAAAGACUCAGCUGCCAUGUCCUCCAGGAGUCCCUGCUCAGCUCAGCCAGUGGAUACAGUAACUAUAGAGGCAUCCUCAACUGGUGUGUGGUCAUGCUGGUCUUGAGCAAUGCACGCCUUUUCCUGGAGAAUCUCCUAAAAUAUGGGAUAUUGGUGGACCCCGUCCAAGUUGUUUCACUGUUCUUAAAAGACCCAUAUAGCUGGCCUGCACCAUGCCUUGUCAUUGUCUCCAACGUGUUCAUAAUGGCAGCUUUGUACACGGAGCGGAGGCUAUCUGUGGGCACCAUCUCAGAGACGACUGGAACAUUCCUUUACUUGGUCAAUCUGACUACCCUCCUCUGUUUCCCAUCAGCCACUGUGCUCACGCUGACCUCCAUGACCCCAGCUGGUGGAGUCUUUGCCCUGGGUGUGUACACCAUCCUCUUCAUGAAGCUGUACUCCUAUAAAGAUGUUAACAUGUGGUGCAGAGAGAUUAGACAUACCAAAGCCCGCACCCUGACCCGCUCCCAUUCAUGUCCAUCUGUGGCCCAGUCAAAUGGAUCAGCUGUACAUUCUCAUGUGUCCUACCCUGGGAAUCUCACACACAGAGAUAUAUAUUACUUUGUGUUUGCCCCAACACUCUGCUAUGAACUGAACUUCCCCCGGUCACCACGGAUACGCAAGAGCUUCCUGUUGAGGAGACUCUUUGAGAUGCUUUUCUUCAUACAGUUACUGAUUGGAUUGGUACAACAGUGGAUAGUGCCGACGAUUCAGAAUUCCAUGAAACCAUUCCAGGUAAAUAUUGACAUGUGUUGUCUGUUGGACUUCUGUCUAUUCAACUGCCCCAUUCCUUUGUACUUGGGGGGUGACUUAAGUUUCAUGUACCCUCUAUGGCAGGAUAUGGACUUUUCCAGAAUGAUGGAGCGCAUGUUGAAACUGGCUGUUCCCAAUCAUUUAAUCUGGCUCAUCUUUUUCUAUUGGUUUUUCCACUCUUCCAUGAACUUCGUAGCUGAGCUGAUGCAGUUUGGAGACAGGGAGUUUUACCGGGACUGGUGGAACUCUGAGACGGUCACUUACUUCUGGUCUAACUGGAACAUUCCUGUGCACAAGUGGUGCCUCCGCCACUUUUACAAGCCCAUCAUGAGGAGGGGAGUGAAUAAGUGGGUCGCCCAAACGGCCGUCUUCCUGGUCUCCGCCUUCUUUCACGAGUACUUGGUGAGCGUUCCUCUGAAAAUGUUCAGACUGUGGGCGUUUAUGGGCAUGAUGUCUCAGAUCCCACUCGCCUGGUUUGUUGGCCGCUUCCUGAGAGGUAACCAUGGCAACGCUGCGGUCUGGAUUUCGCUCAUCAUUGGCCAGCCCGUCGCCGUGCUGAUGUACGUCCACGACUACUAUGUAAUACAUUACAUGUCACAAUCAUGAACAGUUGGUCGCAAGCAGAGAAGCAAUACAUUAUACUAAAGGACAAAUUGAAUGUCAAAUGUUUACUUUGAAAGGGAAAUAUUAUAUGAAGCUUGACUGAAUAGUAAGAAUUUUACACUAAGUAAAUAGUUUGGCCUCCAGAAACAAUUUCUCUAAUGCACUUAUACAUCAGAGAGACUUGGCUCCCGUCCUAUCAUUGCUGUGAAACACUGCCCUGACAAAACUAGAGAACAUUUGUAGGCCUUUUCUCUGUUUCUUACUUAGUCUACAAUUAUGAAGAUCAACGCAGACAUUCCUAUAGAUAACCCUUACUAUCGGUGUACUGCUUUUUGUCAUGCGUUUGACAUGUCUUUUUUGCCUUUGAUUAAAUGACCUGACUUUUAUUUGAAGUUGUGUGAACUCAUGUGGCUGCAGUAAUAACCAGUCACAUGUAUUGUGCAUAAGUCAAGCCAAAUAUGUUAUUACACUUGUGAAACUGUAAUGUGUUUGCACUACAAUGCAUGCUGUUUGCUAAUAAACUUUUUUUUUUUUUUUGCUAUAAUCUUUGUAAAUUAUAUAAAUGGAACUGGUGGAGUUGCACAUGCAGCUAAGAAAAAUAUGGAAAUGUCUGUUCUACUCCAUUACAACCAACUAAUUGCAGCAUUACCACAAAUGGAAGAGGCAAGUAGAAGGGGGAGAAAGUAAGGAACUUGUCUGUCGGCGCUGCGUUAAAGACGUUGUGGUAAAUAGAAAGUAUACCAGUUUCAUUUUAAGGACCAAGAAAAAUGUACAGCUGUUCCAUAUUGCAAAAUAGCUAGGAAGAGAUUUAAAUGUACCGAUUCCAUGGCACAUGUUUAUGACCUGAUACACAAAACAACGCCGGAUUCAAAACUGUUUUUCAAUUAAAAAUGAUAAUGCAAACCAAUAGAAUGUUAUAGGGGCUACAACCAUCCCAGCUCUGCAUAUUGUGCUGCGAAAAGACAAUCAUUAUAAUUUGUUUUGGUACUGUCCAUAUGUAGCUUGUUUUUGGUCACAGGUUCAGGAAUGGCUGAAAAAUUGCAACAUUUACCUGGAGGCGUUAACUCAGCAAAUAGCACUGCUGGGUGAUUUAAAGUCAGUCAAAUCGAUCAAUAAUAACACUCUUGGCAAAAAAAAAAUUAAAAUCUGUAAACUGAGAAUAGAAAAGGUUCAGAACUUUGAAACGGCACAGUUAAAAUAUGGCAAGUAUAUAUCAACUGGAUGGUGAGAUAGCUGGGAGGGGUGGAGUGCUAAAAACAAAACGGUGUAUAAGCUGGAAGUAGAAGCCUAAACAUGGUUGUCCAUUAGUUUCCUCCAAUUAGGGAAGGGGUGGUAGUUAGGAGGAAAAUAUAUUUACCUAAAGUCACAAUCUGCAAUAAAACUGAUCUACCCCUCCCCCCAAAAAAUGUACUGAAUAGACGAGUGCUCUUAAGAUGAUAUUCAAAGAGCAUCAGAGCUUAAGUACAAUGUAUUGUCAAAUAAGUUGAUGUUUUAUAUGCCAAUAUUGCCAUCCUAUUAAAAAGAUGCUGGUGAUCC